GCUCUUGUCUUCCCGUUGCAACCCGAGAGGAAAAAAGAAAAGGGGAACCCAGCCAUGCCUUUGAGAAAUCGGUGAGAUAAGCUUGGUUUUGGCCUUCUUUUCUUGUUCAAGAGCAAGAUUGGAGCCCUGAAAUCCUUCUUCCCCUACUGGAAAAUCCAGAUCUGCUCUGUUCUUCCUUUCUCACCGCCGGCUGCUCCUGCUUUGUGGGGGCGAAUUUCUCUGAUUUUGGGUGAGAAAUAGCCAUGAAUCUCCCUUCUCUAGCUUGAAUUGCCUUGGGUUUACUUUAAUUCCCUUUGUUUCUCCAAUUUUUGGGUAGUUUCCGUGAGCUUCCCCCCUGCACUGCCGCCGGCUUCUCUCCCCCUGCAGCUCCGGUUUCUACAGCUAGAGAAUUAUGGUUCUCGAUCGUUUUGUAAGUUUAGCACUGAGAUUGAGUGCUCGGUUUUAUGCGAGUGAGGAAGUGAAACCGAGGACGGGGAAACCACGGGAAGUGACGAGUUAGAAAGCCAGCCAUCUCGAGAUUGAUAUAGAUUUUAAAUAUAAACCAUGAUCUUGUAAACUCGACUUUAUUGGAGAUUUAUGAUAUUAGAGCAAAUUAUAAAAUUUGAUCUUCAGAUUUUGAUGGUAUCAGAUUGUGGUAUGAUAAGUUCCGAGCCUUGUGCAUUUGUGGGACCUUCUCACGAGUGCACGGCAUCUGUCGCGCCUCGAAUUCGAGUUUUGGGACGUGACAAGAUGUAAAGGAGAACAUCAUAUUAUAUGCUCGAAUAUUGUGCAGGUAAUGCUUGCUUCGAUUGUCUACAUUACUACAAAGAUUGAGAAGAAGAUUUGGAUCUGUCUUAAGAAGAGGCAACUGAACUUUGCCACUCAUAUAGCACAGAGUAAAUUCUGGAUCAUUUG